AUGGCCUUCGCAGUGGUGUUUCCGUUCUUGAGAAUGGCCAAUCUCAAAGACAUCUUCUAUGAUGUGUAUCAUAACCCAGAAACUUGUAGCGCCGCUCGCCGUGUGCUCACGUUCGGCGUGUUGGAGAACGUGUUCAACGAAUUCCGGACCUUGCCACUGGUCAAUAUGGACACCGCCAACUAUCAAUCGUACGCCAUCAUAAGUCGCAGGCAAACAGAGGUAGCACUAUCGCAGCUGGCUAUAUUCUUACCCGCAACUUUCGAGAACAUCAUGGCUUUGGUACUUGGCGCUGCGCAGGCGGUCGAGAUGUGCAAGCCAUCUCUUUGCUGGAUCAUGAUAUCCAGUGCUGCGGGCUUGUACGACAAUCCCGAAGACAGACAGACGAAGAUCCAUAUCUUUUGGAUGAUCUACAUGCUUGACAAGACGCUUUCGCUACGUUUGGGCCGCUCAAGUAUCCUCCAGGACUGGGACAUAUCGUUACCAUUUGUACUAUCCAGCGACAAGCACGCCGAAUCAAGCGCCUUCUUGUCGUACUGGAUUAAGGUUGCGCGAGUCCAGGGCCUGACAUACGAGAAGCUAUUUUGCCCUGCCGCCUUUGCAAAAUCGACGGAAGAGCGCACGCGAAUCGCGAUCGAACUUGUCAACAGUCUUAACCAAGCCUGGUACGAGCGUGGGGAUGCGUCGAUCGUCGACUUUUCGCAGCAAGGCCAAACAUAUCAUCUCGGUACGCCGAGAUCGAACAAAAUAGGCAACAGUCCAAAUGAGACACCACUCCCGUCUCAAUACAAGCGCUAUGUGCACAAAUCUCUGGGUAAAGAAGGACCAGAAGUCAACGAAUACGUUCAGGGCUCUUUCGAGAGAGUCCAAGACAUCUUCUUCCACUCCGAUGUCGUCAUGCACUAUUCCACCUGUGCGCUCAUACAGCGCGCGGUCAGUCCAGGAAAUAUGAGCUUUAAUCAGGAGUGCCUCGAAUCCUCGAGAGCGGCCCUUGUCGCCCAUAUGAGGGCUAGUGCACAGUUCAACAAAAAGGGCCAGGAGGACUUCUGGUCGGGAUAUGUACACUGGUCGGUUCUUCAGGCACCGUUCACACCUUUCAUCGUGAUAUUCUGCCACUCCAUCCAAAAGGCCGAUACGUCCGACGUUGAGCCAGAUCUAAACUCCCUUUCCGAGUUUGUCGGCAGCCUGGAAUCUUGCCGCACGAUUUCCGAAGGCGCAGACAAGCUCUACAAGAUGUGCCAUCUUUUCCUACGAGUUGCCAGGCUCUACGUCACAGCUAAGAAACAGGAUGCUGCGUCAAGAUCACGGGGAAUUAUGCAAAAUAACCAGUCAGGGUAUUACACGACCGUUGAUGGCACGCAGCUGGACCUCAACGCAAUGUCUCAGUUCGAUCCGUAUCUUAGUGCGCUUGGAUUGAUGCCUGAUAUCGCAUGGCCCACGACAUAUCCCAACGCUUCGACUGCAGCCACAACGACCGCGUUUGAGCAAGGCGAGGCGAUGAAUAACAUGGAUGCCGUUGGUUCGUCAGGCUUCGGAUUUGGAGCGUCUCAGGGAAAUUCCAAUCCCAUGCAGGACUGGUUCUCCGGCUCACGCUAUCUCAUGAACCUUAUGGAGCCAGGCGACGAUCUACAAAUGCCGGAUCUAGACCUUUAA